AUGGCUGGCGAGCGCUGGCCUACCGUGCGCCGGCUGCGUCGCGGGGCCUUCUCCUCCCCGCCUCACUUCCUGGAUCCUGCCCCCUCCUCUGCCCCCACCUGGUGCAGCCCCCAUCACGCCCGCGGGGACCAGAGCAGUCCCCUCCGCCGUGGAUCCCCGGCUCGGGCCUUCAUCCCUCCAAGUCCGUCCUCCCCAUGGCGGCCAUCGGAGGGCGCCCGUGAGCACCCGAGUCAGGUCUGGCCCUCCUCUGCCCGCAGCCCUCCGGGACUCCCACCUCUCUGGCGGGAAAGCCCUAGUCCUCCUGAGGCUCUCAAGGCCCUGCAGACCUGCCCCUGCCCCUUCCUGCCCUCCCCUCCUCCCUCUCUCCCCCUCACCCACUCUGCUGCAGCCACGCGGGCCUUCUCACUGUUCCUCCGACAUGUGAGCCCAGUGCUGCCCCAGGACGUUUGCACGGGCUGUGCCCCCGUGCCUGGGGUGCCCUCCUCUCACGUCAUCAUUGUUCCCCAUCCGGCUUCCCUGCUGUGUCUGGUGCCACAGCCUUCAAGGCCUAUCCCACUGAUGAGCAAGUGCAGAAAGCUGGAGGAGGCCGUGCAGACUGAACGCCUUGGACACGGCCGGUGGGAGUGUGAAACGGGGCGGCCGCUGUGGAAACGGGUCCCCUUCAGCAUGAUUCCCAGUCACUGAGACGUGGAAAUAACCCGAGUGUCCACCGACGGUAAAGCAGAAAGUGGCUCAUCCAUAAAAUGAUCGUCCAGCCUCGGCGAGGAAGGACGUCCUGCCGCCUGCCACCACGUGGAUGGACCCGGAGGACACUGCACAGUGACAGGAGCCAGACACAGCAGGACACGUCCUGCGUGACCCCACUCACAGGGGGUCCCUAGAGGAGUCCCGUCCACAGAGGCAGAGAGUGGAUGGUGGGAGCCAGGGGUGGGGAGUCCGUGCUUCCUGGGGACAGGGUCUCAGUCUGGGGAGAUGGAAAGUUCUGGAGACGGAUGGAGGGUGGGUGCACGACAGUGUGUGUUUGAUGCCACUGGACAGCUCAGCGGUUAAGCGUCCAACUUCGGCUCAGAUCAUGAUCUUGGGGUCCGUGAGCUCGAGCCCCACGUCCGGCUCUGUGCGGACAGCUCAGAGCCUGGAGUCUGCUUCGGAUUCUGUGUCGCGCUCUCUGCC